CGCAGCCAUGGGAGCCCCCUGCCCCCCGAGAGCCGGUGCCCUUCUCCUGCUGGCGGCCACACUGCUCCUCCAAGGAGCCACGGCCCUGGAGUGCCACAGCUGUGUGGAGCGCAGCGACGGCGGCUGCAGCCCCGAGAAGAUGAAGACGAUCUCGUGUCCUGACAACACCCAACUGUGCAUGGAAACCGUGGCAGCCGUGAAAUGGAGCCACGGGCAGUUCCUGGUGGGCGAGAAGGGCUGCGGCCUGGGCAGACCGGGCACCAACGACAAGGGCGUGGACCUGCACGGCAUCUUGGCCUUCUCCCAGGUGCACAAUUGCAACAGCAGCCGCUGCAACUCCCGGCUGGACAUCCGGGCCAUGGCGCUGCAGCCGAUGGGGAACGAGAGCGCCCGGGUGCCCAACGGGCUGGAGUGCUACAGCUGCCAAGGCAACGAGGCCUGCUCCCCCGGCAACGCCACGGUGGUGAAGUGCUACGACGGGUACCAGGGCUGCUUCCACGGCAACGUCACCAUGAGAGUCGGCAACUUCUCACUGAGCCGCCCCCUCAAGGGCUGCGUGCAGAACAAGGACUGCACCAAGGAGGCGAGGGGCAGUGCAGCCGUCAACCUGGUGGGCUCCUGCUGCUCCGGCCACCUCUGCAACGAGGACCUGGCCAACAAGACCUUCUUCGCCCCCAAAAUCCCCCCGCUGGAGGUCAUGCCCGGCCACGGGGCCAACGCCACAGCCAAUGCCACGGCCACUGCCACGGUCACCGCCAUGGUCGCUGCCGCCACCACAGUCACUGCCGCCGCCAGGGUCACGGCCGCUGCCACGCCCCUGCCACCGGACCACAGGGACCAUGAGGAUCACGAGAACCAUGAAGACCUCAUCCGGGACGACCACCACAUCACCACGGCGGGCGAGCGGCGAAACAACCCAGGCGUCAAGCUGCCGAGCGGCGGGAAGGGGGCGCGGGCGGGGCUGAGCGCCUCAGCCUGGCUGGUCUUGCUCGGGUCCGCCUUGCUCCUGUGAAGGGGGCACCAGGGAGGGGAAAUGGCACGAGACGCCCCCCACCCAUUCAUCCCCCAUUGCCCCCAUCCCCGCUCCGUUGGCCAGCCUCCCCCUGACUUCUUCAACUCCAGCCUGGCUUCGGCCUAUGCACGGCAGCCAUCUUCUUAGUUGAGCAGCACUCUUGAUGGCAGGCCAGGUCGGCCCUGUGGCGCCACCAGGCGGGGCUAAGUUUGCAGGCUGCAUCUCUGUGCAUCAGAGCCCCGUCCUCACGACACCUGGCCUUCCCUUCAGCCUCCCCGUAGCAGCCAUCUUGGUCUGGAAGUGGCAUGGCUUGAUGUCCCUCUAGGGCAUCUUUUGUGGUUGUCCCCUCCACACAAAGUCUCCACAGGUUUUUUUUACCAUCAGGGAGCCCUUCUCGUGGCACCACCACAAAUCCAGGCUUCCUUCAGCCUGCACAAGGCAGCCAUCUUGGUUGCAUGUGGCCUAGUUUUGCCUACUUGCAGUGGCCAGCUUGUUUUUUAAGUGUGUGGGGGGGGAACAAUACGGAGGGGGAAGAGCCAUACUACCCCUGCCCACUAGAACAAAUUCCCACAUGUUGCCUUCCCAUAGCGCAGGCCACAUUCUUAUAGCAGCGCAGCAAAUUCAGGCUUCUCUUCAGCCUGCGCAUGGCGGCCAUCUUGUUUCUACAUGGCCUAGUUUGACCCCAGUCUGGGGAGGGCUGUGACGGCCGCCAUUUUCUGUUCGCUUGAGCGGAUCCCAUCCCUUCUUCACCUCACCCAGGCGCAUGUUUUGCCACGAGCUUUCGUGUUAUAUGCCAACACUGGGCAGCCAUCUUGUUUCUUUAUGCAACACCAGUUGACAUCUGUCUAGGGAAGGUGGCCACUGCUUGGUCUUCAUUCCCCGGGGAAAAGUCCCAAGGCUGCUCCAAAGCAAAUACAGUACUACAUGCAGCAGUCAUCUUGCCAUUCUUCUGGGUCAGCCAUUUUGUCUCCGGCCAACAGGGUGGUGGGUCCCGUUGCCAUGGCGCCAAAGGCAACUCAGGCUUCUAACAGCUUGCUGGGCCUCAGCAUUGGGACCCACAGUCUAUGCCUCCUCCCCAC